UUUACACAUUUUUUAAGCGCCAUACAAUCACUGAUCGAUUAGGAUUUAAAAGCGAUUAUGGAGUACAUUGCGAUACUAGUGGCUGUUAUUUGCCUGUUUGUCGUUACCGUUCCCGCGUCGGGUCUUACCUGCUACGUGUGCGAUUCGGUAACCUACCCUAAUUCAUGUGACGUAGAAAACUUCGACCCAAGCAAGCAUGCGCAGACCACCACCACCACCGUACUCCAUCCCCCCGACACCGGAAAGACAUGCGUGUACUGCACAAAGGGGUACUACCACAACCCAUAUACGGGCGUUUACAGUUAUGCACGUGGUUGUGAGAAUUCCCCACGAGGCGUCGGAUGUCUGAAGGACGCUUGCUCCUGUACGACUGACCUCUGCAACAGUGCUGUAACCAUGUCAUCAAACGCACAUGCAUUCCUAGCACUCGUAGCAUUUGGGGCCGUCACCUAUUUGAUGAAUUAA